AUGUGUCCAUUUUGCCCCAUAUUACCCUAUAUUCACUUUACCCGAAAGGUCAUUGUGUUUACGAUGAAUCGGGACAGCCUCGUUGAGCUACACGAGACUUUGGGAAAAAAUUUUCGGAAUGAUCUAGAAAAUCAGGAAUAUCAAACAGUCUUACUAUCCCCGAUCGCAGAAUUCGAUCGUCCAACUCUAUACCUGACACUAUCAACGCUAGGUGCUGUCGCAAUGUACAAUGUAAAUUCAAUUAUAGCGAUCAUUAUACAAUUAUCACACGGGAAUGAAAUCAUCAAGCAUCGAACGCCCUUCCCCUCAAAAUAUCCGUUUCCAGAAAGCAACGGUUUGUACGUAACUCGAUACCUGAUUGAAGUGUGGGCAAGUUGCGCGGUUAUUUCGAUAUCGUCAGCCACAGAUGCCCUUUUCGAUUUCUACAUUUUCCAAAUGGCGAGCCAACUUCGCGUUCUUUCUUAUCGAAUGAGCAAGUUAACCGCAUUUGACGAUCAUCAAAGGAUUAUUAAGGAGUGCGUUGUACGACAACAGUGCCUGACCCGGUGUCAUGACAAACUUCAAACGAUUUACGGACCGAUAGUCCUCUGGAUACUCACCACAAGCGCUAUGACCAUGUGUGCUAACAUAUUCCAAGCUUUCCAGAUCAGCAUGGACAAGGUUGUGUUGGUUUUCAUUUACAUUACGAUGAAGCUCAUGCAAACUCUGCUGUAUGGUUGGUUCGGAUCCUUCUUGACCUCGGAGUCUGAGCAGUUCCGAAAUUCAAUAUACGCUUGCGGAUGGCCUGGCUCCGGCGAUGCGUUAUUCGUAUUCAAUAUCAAAACAAUGUUGUUGUGCAGGCCUUUGGUUCUGAAAGCGUGGCAGUUUUACGCCAUAUCGGUGGACAUGUUUAUGGCGAUAAUGAAUACGACUUUAUCAUACUUCUUUUUGCUGCGGACACUCGAUGAAAACUGAAGCUGAUGCAGUGGAAUGAUCACACGGUGGCCUUUCAGAC